AGAAAACAAAUGCAUACAAAAGGUAUCGACGAUUACCUGAUGAAGAAUCUCAGUGUUUGGAUAUAAUGGUAUCAAAUGAUUCAAUUGAGAGUAACAUAACGGAUACAACAAUACCAGCGAUGAUCAGAGGAUUUAUAUUCAAUUUAAACGAGUUAGAGAUUAACAAAUUUAAGGAGUUAUUCAAUUCAGUGAGUAUUGUAAGGAACCAUAAGCUCAAGUCUAUAGAGUACGAGACGGUGUGUGCGUCCGAAGCGUUUCAUGUGUUGGUAAACGGUGUGGAUCUGAUGUUACCGCGAAUGGCAAGGAUUUGGCCACAAAUUACUGGAUUCAAUGAGUUGUGCGAAGACGACAAGAUUGUCCUUCUGAAGACCUCCUGCCCUCAAAUCAUGACUUUGCAAAGUAUUAUGCUUUUCGACUUCGAGGGCCAGUUCUGGACGAUUCCUAUUGUUUGCAGUGUUUGCGGCGAUCGGGCCAUUGGACUUUGGCUGCAUUUAUGGCAAAAACUGUGAGAUUAAUGUUUUCAGUAGAAAAUUAUGCAAAAAGUGUAGAAUUAAUAAAUGUUUUGCCGUCGGU